AGACGUUGGCAAUGAAAGAAUAAUAACAAAAAAAAAAUCCAGAGAAAAUGAAUCUUUCUCCUAUUCACGUUCUUUUAGUGUGCUUCCCAGCACAAGGUCUAAUCAAUCCGAUGCUGAGAUUAGGGAAGCACUUGGCAGAAAAUGAGGCUCUAGUCAUCACUUUUACAACUAUUGACAACAUGGGUAAAGAGAUGCGAAGAUCUAAUAGCGACAUAACCGUCCAACCCACACCUCUCGGCCAUGGCUUUAUAAGGUUUGAGUUCUUCGACGAUGGCCUCAAUGAGGACGAUCCUCGACGCACCCAAUACGAUUUCUACAUGACACAGCUCGAGCACGCUGGCAAGGAGUCUCUUCACAAACUGAUAAAGAAGCAAGCGAAUGAAGGUCGCCCAGUUUCAUGCAUAAUAAAUAACCCGUUUCUUGCUUGGGUUUGUGACGUUGGAGGAGACCUCGGAAUCCCCUGUGCCACGCUCUGGGUUCAGUCAUGUGCACUCUUCUCAACUUUCUACCAUUAUUUCCACCAAACUGUGCCGUUUCCGACUGAGGCCGAGCCAGAGAUCGAUGUUAAGCUGCCGGGUAUGCCAGUUCUAAAGUACGACGAGAUCUCUAGCUUCUUGCAUCCCAACAAGGGUUCGUACAAGGUGAUUGGACUGGCCAUCUUGGAGCAGUUUAAGAGUUUGUCCAAGUCGUUUUGUGUUUUGGUGGACACUUAUGAAGAGCUUGAACAUGACAUCAUCCAGGAAAUGUCCAAAUUAUGUCCGAUCAUGCCCGUUGGACCGUUAUGCAAAGAUCCAAAAGGGGCAGUUCUUAAGAACACCGUUCGUGCGGACUUAAUGAAAGCCGACGAGGACUGCAUGGAAUGGCUCAACACAAUGGGGCCGGCGAGUGUGGUUUACAUAUCGUUCGGUAGCAUUGUGUAUCUGAAGCAAGAGCAGGUGGACGAGAUCGCUCACGCGCUAUUAAACUCUUGUAUCUCGUUUUUAUGGGUCAUGAAACCUCCUUCCAAUGACUCGGGAUUAAAGCAUCACGUUUUACCAGGUGGAUUCUUGGAGGAGACUGCAGGCAGAGGGAAAGUGGUGAAGUGGAGCCCGCAAGAAAAAGUUUUGGCUCACCCAUCUGUGAUGUGCUUUCUGACUCACUGUGGGUGGAACUCGUCUAUGGAGGCGCUCACCUCCGGUGUUCCAGUACUGACUUUCCCCCAGUGGGGCGACCAAGUCACCAACGCCAAGUUCUUGGUUGACGUUUUUGGGGUUGGCGUGAGACUUAGCCGCGGCGAGAUUGAGAACAGAGUGGUCUUGAGGGAGGAGGUUGAGAAGUGUUUGACAGAGGUGAUGUUUAGUACUGAUAAAGCUGUCGAGUUGAAGAGAAAUGCAUUGAAGUGGACAAUGGCAGCGGAGGCCGCUGUGGCAGAAGGAGGCUCUUCCAAUCAGAAUAUUCGUUAUUUCUUGGAGGAGAUUUGUAAGAGAUCGUGUGUUUCUUCUACUUGUCAAGAUUAAUAUUAUUAAAAGUUUUAAAUGUUUCUUCUAGGAAAAAAAAAAAAGAGUUUAAAUGUUUCUCUAUAUGUAUGUGGCCUGGUCACCUUUCUAUUCUAGUAUCACUGAAUAAAGUCGUAACCAAUAAGAUAUGCCAUUCCUA